GGCUGACCACGCGGCAUUCUCGUGCGCGAGUGACCAACUCCGGUGUCUUGCAGACGCGCUCCGCUCCGCUCCCGUUACCGAACGCGUUGGCCUUCUUCUUUUUGGCGUCUGCAAAAAUUGGCGAAUUGCCCGUUCGACGCGAAUUCGUGUGUAACUGCAGCAGGUCGAUCAGACGAUGCCAGGCCAAAUAGAAAAACUUGUCACCAAGAGGGCCACCUUCGGUAUGGGCUGCUUCUGGGCGUGUGAUGCGCUCUUCGGGGCGACGCCAGGCGUCCUGAGAACCAGGGUUGGAUACGCCGGUGGGACGAUGGACUCUCCCACCUACAGGAACAUAGGCGACCACACCGAGGUCAUCGACAUCGACUACAAUCCUGAACUAAUUGGCUACCAGGAACUGCUCAAUUUAUUUUGGAACAACCACGAGUACGGAUUGACGACGAGAAUCAAGCGUCAGUAUAUGUCUCUCGUCUUAUGGCAUGACGAGGAGGACCGAUUAACAGCGGAACAGUCCAGGGAAAAAGAGCAGCGUAAACGCGGAGAACCCCUCAUUACGGAAAUCAAAAGAUUCGAGCGAUUUUACCCAGCAGAGAAAUACCAUCAAAAGUACCGGCUUCAGGCCCAUCCCUGGCUCGUUGAAAAAUUGCGGCUCAAAACAAGCGAGGAACUGUUGGGAUCAACAUUGGCGGCAAAGUUGAACGGUUAUUUGGCCGGUGCGGCAAGUAUCGGUCAAUUCGAACAGGAACUUCCAUCUUUGGGUCUGAAUGAAGAAACUACCGAAUACGUGCGAAGAUACGUCGUCGAGAACCAGGGCAACGGGUUGUACUGUUAGGAUAUUCUUAUAGUCGGUGAAUUAAAA